AUGCGAAAAGGAGAAAUGCUGAAGGCCUACUUGGACAGAUAUUGGGAGACGUACAACGAGGUAGAAGGAAACCACGAUGACGUCGCCAUCAGUACCUUCAAAAGGGGCUUGCCGACAAAGCAUGGCUUGAGAAAGUCUCUCACUGGGAAACCAGUCACCAGCGUGCGACAACUCAUGGACAGGAUAGACGAGUAUAAAAGGGUCGAAGAGGACCAGCAGACUGAGAAGGGAAAGGCGAAGUUUGUCCCUCAAGAGAGAAGGGACUUCAGGUCGGACCGCUUCAGUAGCAGUAAUAAGCCGAGAAGAGAUUAUACGGAACAAUCGGGAUCCACAGGGGCUCAGGUAGUCCACGCUGUGUUCCGAGAACCAUUGCACGAGAUCCUGGAGAAGAUAAAGCGCGAACCCUUCUUUCAAUGGCCGAAUAGGAUGGCAAGCGACCCCUCAAAACGCAAUCAGAAUCUAUAUUGUGCGUAUCACCAAGAGCCUGGUCACGUCACUGACGAAUGUAGGAACCUGAAAAACUAUUUGGAUCGACUUGUCUGA